GUCUCAUCCAAUGCAUUGCUGUGCCAGUCCCUUACAUCAGCCUCAUUCAUCGCAGCGGCCAUGUCUGUCACCAUGUUCAACAGCGACAAACAUAACCACCACGCACCGCAAGGUAGAAGUAGAGGAGCGCCACAUGACUCAGCCAGCAUGACACACACACACACACACACACACAAUAGUCAGGAGAAAUUCACGCAGGAAGCAGCGCCCAAGCCGUCUGUCGUCGCAGCGGUUCCCCACAUCUAAGCCACAUCUCACAACCAUCCUCUGUGGUGGAUGGCGAAGAGGUCGCCCAGCUGCGGCGAAGCAGUGCAACGACCAAACGGCAUACUACGCAGCAUAACACAACACUCGCACAGCCUGGACCAGGCCACCUCCCUCCCUCCCUCCCUCCCUUCAAGAGCUCGGCGAUGUGCUGCCCUGUGCUGCCGCGCCGCUGCUGCCGGCUGCCCCGCCCGUCAUGGCCGCAUAGUAGGCCGACAUGUCGCCGUACGCCGCCGCCAUGGCGGGCAUGCCGUAGGGGAACAUGAAAGGCAUCAUGCCCGGCAUCAUGCCCGGCAUCAUCAUCGACGACAUCAUCUCCGCCGUCGGCCACUGGGACGCACUCUCUGACGCCACGGGGGCUGCACACAGCCAGACAAACAGACAGGGAAGGAGAGCUCGGUGUGUGUCCAUCCUGUGGAUCGCGCGUGUGUGUGUUGGCUCACCCUCUGUUUUCGUUGCUGCCGGUGGUUUAGCACCGCCAGCAGCAGGAGAAGUAGGAGGAGCAGUAGCAGCCGCAGCUUGUGUCGGUUCCUUCUUGUCCUCUGUCUUGACCUUGGCUUCCUCAGAGACCACCUGAGGCUCCUCUUUCUUGACAGCCUCUUCCUUCGGCGCCGCUACCGCCGCCACUGGCGCAGCAGCAGGAGCUGUAUCCACCUUUUCCCCAUCGAUGUCCAUCGCCUCGUCAUCCUUCUCUCCCUUGACCGCCGCUGCCCCCACGCCGUUCUCGGUGUGGUGCUGUUGUUGCUGCCCCUGUGUCAGCGCCUGGACCAUGGCCUCAAUCAUCCCCGCCGCACUCUCCACCGCAUCCAUGGCCUCACCCUGCACCAACACGAAAGGCGCCUCGCCGUCGCCCGGCUCGCCUGUGCGGGAGAAGCCCCUGCCGCCCACAGUGAUCCUGGUGCUGGUGCGGCUCUGCAGCUCCUGGUGCAUGAUGCCGCGGGGGCCGGCGAGGGUAGCGACGGCCGUGUUGGUGUGUGGCGGGUUGGGGAGGGGGAUCUUGCGCUGCUUCCUGGGGGGCUUGUAGUGCGGCGGGGGGGUGGUGGAGGGGUCGCGGCGGUACUGGUCCUCGAGCAGGUACUGCCGCUCCGCCAACAUAGCCUGCCGAGCACGGUUCUGACGGCUGUUGAUGUGGUUGCCCUGAGACAACAAGGAACACGAGGGCAUACAGAACGGCGUCCAGUGUGAACCCUGAUCUGUGUGUGCAGUGAGUGCAGCGCACCUCAGCGUCAUAGACGGGUUCUGGCGAUGGCGGCCUGGGUAUGUCUGGAUCAGGCAUCUCGAUUUCGCCGUCCUUGAGCUUCCUCUCGAGGUCAUCGAGGCGCUGCUGCUUGAGGAAGGCCUCGAUAUCGCCUGCACCCAUGUCUGCUGGCAGGGUGGUGACGGGGAGAGGCGUCCACUGCCUGAUGGGCAGUCCCCAUCGCGUCGACGGAGCGCCGAAGUACAUCUCGCGCCGCCUUCAGGCAAGGGUGCGUUGCGACUGCAGAAGAUGUCAAUUGAUGUCCUCCACUCUGGCCAGCGCCCCAGAUCAGCGUUCAAAACCCAUUGGAG